UAUUGCCCGGACAUUUUCGCCUCUUUGUUUUACCGAUAGUGCAUUUAACUCGCGUUCAACCCAAUAUCCAGCGGACUGUACUGUUCCCAAACAGCCACAUGAGAGGGCAUCCAUGAUGAGGAGCUAACAACACUGCGUGCCUGCAGGAAGAGACGUGGCUGCCAAAUCAUCCUCAGUCAACACAUGGCGUCAUUAGGGAACCCCGAGAUGCUAACCAGGAAGAUCAAGCUGUGGGACAUCAACGCCCACAUCACUUGUCGCCUGUGCGAGGGGUACCUGAUAGACGCCACUACUGUCACGGAGUGCUUACACACCUUCUGCAGAAGCUGUCUAGUGAAGUACUUGGAGGAGAACAACACCUGUCCCACGUGCAGGAUUGUCAUUCACCAGAGCCACCCACUGCAGUACAUCGGCCAUGACCGAACAAUGCAAGACAUUGUCUACAAGUUGGUACCGGGACUACAAGAGGCGGAGAUAAAAAAACAGAGAGACUUCUAUCAGAAGCUGGGAAUGGAAGUGCCCGGGGACAUCAAAGGAGAGCUGUGCAGCAUGAAACAACAUCUAGAUCCUCAGCGCAAUGGUGAGGUGAAAACGGAGGACACGGCAAAUAAGGAAACAGGGGAGGAGAAACCGGAGGAGGAGAACGAUUAUCACCGCAGCGACGAGCAGGUCAGCAUCUGUUUGGAGUGCAACAGCAGCAAGCUCCGUGGCCUGAAGCGCAAGUGGAUCCGCUGCUCGGCGCAAGCCACGGUCCUUCACCUCAAGAAGUUCAUCGCCAAAAAGCUUAACCUGACAUCGUUCAAUGAGCUGGACAUUUUAUGCAAUGAGGAAAUCUUGGGAAAGGACCACACUUUGAAAUUUGUUGUCGUGACAAGAUGGAGAUUUAAGAAAUCCCCCCUCCUGCUGCAUUACAGACCCAAAAUGGAUUUGCUGUAGUCGGACAGAACGGUUGUUUUGGCCCAGUGGCCCAGAACUGUGCAACGUACUAUUUAUGCAGAGACGAUCAAUCCCAACACCAAGCAAACACACCAGAUCAGAAGUCCACACAAGCCAGCAAACAACAAACCCCAGCACAGAUACUGCACCACUGGCGGGUUUAGAUCAAAAACAACCUUUUUUGUCCGCUAUACAUCCUAGAUAUGUGAAAGAUUUGAGAAAAAGCAUAUAUUUAUACUUUUGUACAGAUGAGACAUGGAACCAAGACACUACUGGUGCUCUGUUUACACAUGAACAAGAUGUCGCGGAAUCGUGUGCCCAUCUUUUUAGUUUUUUCGACAGACUUCACUCCUCCGACCCUCAUUGACUGAUAAAAAGGCGAAGACGAGGAUUUUUAACGGUUCAUUUUAUUUUUCAGGUUACACUCAAACGAGUCUUGGGAGCAAAGAAAGUAUAUACAUUUAUAUGAUAAGACAUUGUUUCAAAGCUGUUUAUUGCGUUGUUGUAUUGUCCUCUGAUUAUUUUUUUUAUUUUACUUUAAAUUUGCUUCGGGUUUGCUGAAGGUUGAUUGUGAAUAGGGGGAAAAAAUGUGGGUACUAAUUUAUGUUCUAUAUACCAAUAUUGUACAUAAAAUGUCAUUAUGAGAGAGAUUGAAAGGAGUAAGAAAGAUACUUAAGAUUGUUAGGAAAGGUUCACAGAAGUGCUUCAGUACAGUGCAUUCGGAAAGUAUUCAGACGCUUUGACUUUUUCCACAUUUUGUUAUGUUACAGCCUU